UCUUUAUUCGCCCUCACUCGAAACGUUUUACUUGUGUUGAUCGUGUAUCUUUCUUUCGAAAGCAAUUUAAAAGUUUUAAAAUGGCUGAUGAUGAUGUUGCAGCUCUUGUAGUAGAUAAUGGUUCAGGUAUGUGCAAAGCUGGAUUUGCAGGUGAUGAUGCUCCUCGAGCUGUCUUUCCCUCAAUCGUUGGGCGCCCACGUCAUCAGGGAGUCAUGGUCGGCAUGGGACAAAAAGAUUCAUAUGUUGGUGAUGAAGCUCAAAGCAAACGUGGUAUCUUAACCUUGAAAUACCCAAUUGAACAUGGUAUCGUUACUAACUGGGAUGAUAUGGAAAAAAUUUGGCAUCACACUUUCUACAAUGAGCUUCGCGUUGCUCCUGAAGAGCACCCUGUUCUUUUGACUGAAGCACCUCUAAACCCAAAAGCAAAUCGUGAAAAAAUGACACAAAUUAUGUUCGAGACAUUUAACUCCCCUGCUAUGUAUGUUGCUAUUCAGGCGGUCUUAUCCUUAUAUGCCUCUGGUCGUACUACUGGUAUUGUACUUGACUCUGGUGAUGGUGUGUCCCACACCGUGCCAAUUUAUGAAGGUUAUGCACUCCCACAUGCCAUCAUUCGUUUAGAUUUGGCAGGGCGUGAUUUGACUGACUAUUUAAUGAAAAUUCUAACUGAACGUGGUUAUUCAUUUACUACUACUGCAGAGCGUGAAAUUGUUCGUGACAUUAAAGAAAAACUUUCCUAUGUUGCUUUAGACUUCGAACAAGAAAUGGGUACUGCUGCCUCAAGCUCUGCGUUGGAGAAAUCAUAUGAAUUACCUGAUGGUCAAGUAAUCACUAUUGGUAAUGAAAGAUUCAGAUGCCCUGAAACACUUUUCCAACCAUCAUUUAUUGGCAUGGAAUCUGCUGGUAUCCAUGAAACUACCUACAAUUCAAUUAUGAAAUGUGAUGUUGAUAUUCGUAAAGACUUGUAUGCUAACACUGUUUUAUCAGGUGGUACCACUAUGUUCCCUGGUAUUGCUGAUCGUAUGCAAAAAGAAAUUUCAGCUCUUGCACCGCCAACAAUGAAAAUCAAAAUUAUUGCUCCCCCAGAGAGAAAAUAUUCCGUCUGGAUUGGAGGAUCAAUUUUGGCCUCACUCUCAACCUUCCAACAAAUGUGGAUCUCAAAACAAGAGUAUGAUGAAUCUGGUCCCUCAAUUGUCCACAGAAAAUGCUUUUAAAUUGAAACAAUAUAAACUAAUCUGCACUGCUGAUAUUUUUGCAAGUGUAGUGGAAUGGUUUUACCAUUCCCUAUAAAUAAAACGGUUUUCACAUUUAUUUUUAUAUAAAUAUUUUGUGAAUUACAUUGCUUUUGCAGUCCCAGCAAUCUAACGUCAUAAAUAUUUUAUAAAAUUGGCGUCUGUAAAAUGUAGGUUUAAAUGUAAUAGAUCUUAUAAAUGA